UGUUGACUGUCAAAGUCUCAAGGUACUCAGUGUCUGGAAGCUCCGAGUUCGGACUGAAGUUCUGCCCACCACCCUGCCCAUCCCCUGGCCCGCCGGUGAGUCCCGAACCAUGAGCGCCGCGGGCGUCCUGUCCUUUGCCCAACAAGGCUGGGAGCAGGUGCUAGCCAAAGUGAAGUGGUCCGUGGUCUACCUGGACGCCGCCUGCGCCGAGAGCCUGCACUGGAGCUGCGGCUCGAGCAGGCUCCUGGAGGCGGUUCAGGGCCCUGCAUGCUCCCUGAGGGAAUUUGAACCCGGGGCCAUCGGAGGUGGAGCCGAGCAGCCCCGGGCGGUGUUCGUGUUGAGCUGUCUGCUGAAAGGCCGGACGGUGGACACUCUACGAGACAUCGUUCGCCGCAGUCACUUUCAGUACUGUGUAGUGGUCACGGCCGUGAGCCACGCCGUGCACCUCACUGCUAACCACGUACCAGCGGCCGCAGCGGCCGAGCUGGAGGGGCAGCAGCCGGUGUUCGAGCAGCUGGAGGAGAAGUUAUGUGAGUGGAUGGGCAACGUGAACUACACUGCCGAGGUGCUGUACGUCCCUCUGUUGCUCGCUCCAGCUGCUCCCCACCUUGCCUUCACUCCCGCCUUUGCUACCCUUUUUCCGCUGCUACCUGGGGAUGUGCAUGUCCUUAAUAGUGCCAGACAGGAUAAGAGGAAGCUGAGCAGCUUGGGGGAAGUGGAUGCCGCUGCCCUGACCCCCGAGCUGCUGCUGCACAUCAGAUGCCUAGUGUCAGGCCUCAGUUCGCUGUGUGAGCAUCUAGGGGUACGAGAGGAGUGUUUCGCUGUGGGGUCCCUCAGUCGGGUCAUCGCUACGGAUCUGGCAAAUUAUGCCCCUGCCAAGAACAGGAAGAAGACCGCCACCGGCCGGGCUUCCGUGGUCUUUGUGGAUCGAACUCUGGAUCUCACAGGAGCGGUUGGACAUCAUGGAGACAACUUAGUAGAGAAGAUCAUUUCAGUGCUUCCACAGCUUCCGGGCCACAGCAACGAUGUGAUGGUCAACAUGGCAGAGCUCACUGCUGUCCAGGCCACGGAGGAAAAUCAGAACGUGAUUGCACCAGGCUGCCUUGCACAAUCCAAUGACACCUCAGCCAAGGCCCUGUGGGAAGCCUUACUGAACACCAAGCACAAAGAGGCAGUGAUGGAAGUUCGGAGACAUCUAGUGGAAGCAGCCAGCAGAGAAAACCUGCCCAUCAAGAUGAGUAUGGGGAGAGUCACACCAGGGCAGCUCAUGUCCUAUAUUCAACUCUUCAAGAACAACCUCAAAGCUCUUACAAAUCAUUGUGGGCUCCUACAGCUUGGGAUGGCCACAGUUGAAACUCUGAAGCACCCACAGACUGCCAAGUGGGAUAACUUUCUGGCAUUUGAAAGGCUUCUUCUACAGAGCCUUGGCGAUUCAACCAUGGCUGUUGUGCUUAAUCAGAUGCUGCCAAUGAUUAAGUCCCCAAGCCAGAGAACCAGUGAGGACUACAGCCCUGAGGAGCUGCUAAUCCUCCUCAUCUACAUUUACUCUGUCACUGGAGAGUUCACCCUGGACAACGACCUGAGAGCAGCUGAAGAAAGGGUGAAGACAGCAUUGGCCCAGGUCUUCUCUGAGGAGUCCCGGUUGUCACCGUUGCUGCAGAAGAUCACAGGCUGUGACUCUGCAAUUAACCUGACAUUUCCCAAAUCCCAAAAUGCUGUGAAUGAUGUCUUCACGUCUCUCCAGGAGAUUGCCAGAGCUAGGACUCUCAUGAGACAGUUUAAGUCUGUGUAUGUUCCUGGAAAUCAUACCCAUCAGGCAUCCUACAAGCCAUUGUUGAAGCAGGUUGUGGAGGAAAUAUUUAAUCCUGAGAAGCCAGAUCCCGUUGACAUUGAACAUACAUCCUCAGGCCUUACUGAUCUCCUUAAAACUGGAUUCAGCAUGUUCAUGAAGGUGAGCCGGCCCCAUCCCAGUGACCAUCCCCUCUUGAUCCUCUUUGUGGUGGGCGGUGUCACAAUCUCUGAAGCCAAAAUGGUCAAAGACCUCGUAGCAUCUCUGAAGCCAGGAACCCAGGUGAUGGUGCUGUCCACAAGACUCCUGAAGCCACUUAACAUUCCUGAGCUGCUCUUUGCCACUGACCGGCUGCACCCAGACCUUGGCUUCUGACAUCUAAGAGGAAGAUAAGACCGGUUUGAGCUGGAAAUACCAAUACCCAUCUGUCACCAUUCCAGAUAUGCCACCAAAGCCAGUGUCCCUGUACUAAUUAUAGGUGUAUGACUUCAUUCUGCGGAGAGGGCCUCACGGCCAGCAGAAGACAGUGUGUUUGGACUGCUCCUGUUCUUCAAAAGCAAAAUAAAGACUUGCGUGUUCAUUUCUCUUC